ACUACCGCACGUCUUCGGCCACAGACUACAUUUUCGAAAAAAAAAAAUACCGACAGCUGUCAAAAUUCACAGUGGAUUUUGUGUAAUUGUGCGUGUUGUGAUAUUAAAUUGAACGACUUUGUGUAAUAUUUUAGAAAGAAAAUUGCAGUUCCGAGUUAAAGGCCCGCAGUCACCGCUCCGCCGCCGUCGCGUGCGCACGUCGCUGUUCGUGUGUGUGUGUGAUGUACUAGUGUUGUGUGUGACAACAUGCAGGGCCGGGAUAAGUUGUGUGCUAAACUCACCAGCGCCUUUCUUAGGAAGUGGUGGUUCGUGCUCGCGUCCGCAAUAGUGCUAUUGCUGGCCGGGAUCAUAUGCGCCAUAUUCUUCGGCACCUGGGUCCGGCUGUUCAUAGACCAUGGUCGGCUUACACCGGAAUGGCAGCGGCCGGCAGAGGCGAGCAGCGGCCGGCAGCGGCGAGCAGCGGCCGUCAGCGGCCGGCCGACCGCUGACGAGGAGUUGGUCCUCCGGCCGGGCUCCAUGACGUUCGAAUGGUGGGCGAGGCCCCCCGUCCGGCCCUUCGUCAAAGUCUACGUUUACAAUGUCACAAAUGCGGAUGAGUUCCUUAACAACGGCAGCAAACCAGUGCUAGAUGAGCUGGGACCUUAUAUCUACUCACAAGAAUGGGAGAAGGUGAACAUUACCGACAACGAGAACGGAACCCUGUCCUUCCACUACAAGAGAACAUAUACGUACCGACCAGACCUCAGCGGGCGGUCCGAUGACGAUGCGGUGGUCGUUCCCAAUAUUCCUAUGCUGAGCGCAACAUCGCAGUCCAAGCACGCGGCCCGCUUCCUCCGGCUUGCCAUGGCGUCCAUCAUGGACAUCCUGAAGAUCAAGCCGUUUGUGGAGGUGUCUGUGGGGCAACUCCUGUGGGGUUACGAGGACCCGCUGCUGAAACUGGCCAAGGACGUCGUUCCUAAAGAACAGAAGCUGCCUUAUGAGGAGUUUGGACUGUUCUAUGGGAAAAACGGCACAUCCUCAGACACAGUCACAAUGUUCACCGGCUACGAAGACAUGAGGAAGUAUGGCAUCUUCGAGCGGUACAACGCUCGCGACAAGCUGCCCCAUUGGACGACGGACCAGUGUAAUAGUAUAGCUGGUUCUGAUGGAUCCAUCUUCCCGCCGCAUAUUACGAAGAAUGAUACCCUGAAGGUCUAUGAUAAGGAUCUUUGUCGACUUCUGCCGUUACAAUACCUCCGCGAUGUGGAAUCCCCAGCUGGUGUGCAAGGCUACCGAUUCACUCCACCACUAGAUGUGUUUGCUGCCGACGACCACAACCGCUGCUUCUGUCCAGCUGGUCCGCCGUGCGCGCCCUCUGGUUUAUUCAACGUGUCUCUGUGCCAAUAUGAUUCCCCGAUCAUGCUAUCGUUCCCCCACUUCUACCUAGCGGACGAGAGCCUACGUGAUGCUGUUGAGGGCAUCUCGCCUCCUGAACCGGAGAAGCACAGAUUAUACAUCGAUGUGCAGCCUGAGAUGGGUAUCGCGAUGAGCGCCCGCGCCCGCAUCCAGAUCAACCUGGCCGUGUCGCAGGUCGUCGACAUCAAACAGGUCGCCAACUUCCCCGACAUCGUGUUCCCCAUCCUGUGGUUCGAAGAGGGUAUCGAUGAGUUGCCCGAGCAAGUGUCCUCGCUGCUCCGACUGGCGACGAAGGCGCCGCCGAUUGCGCGCGCCGCGCUGGGCUGGGGGCUUUCCGCUUUCGGCGUGCUGCUACUUUUGCUGGCCGUCACCUGCCUUAUAAGAUCAUCACACCGCCAAAGCACGCUGCGGCUCGAAGGUCACGCCGUCGCUAAACCUCCCCCCGCCAAAGUGCCCAGCAAAGACAACGGGUACGAACUGAACAACCGGAGAUAACUCCAGCAUCGCUAGACAAACACUCGAGGCAAUCAGUUGCCGCUACUGUCCUAGUAGUGUCCGGUUUUCAUUAAUAGAUGGCGCUACUGCGCGUCAGUAGUGUCAGGGACUCAUUAAUAGAUGGCGCCCACUGUCUAUGAAACAAUAUUUCACAACAUGUACAACGAACGGCAAUAAGGAGAUAUUUGAAUUUGUAACGUCUGAAAUUGAAACAGAUACAUUAGGAAUGUCAAACAAAUGUUUUGAUAUUUUGUCUGUGCUGCCAUCUAUUACGAAGUUAUUUUUUUCUAUUGCAUAGGAAAAGAACUGAAUCUCAUACGUAACUAGAAAAGACUGAUCGUCUCGAGUGUAAAAUAGAUAUAUUGAAUCCCAAAACAAAUUAAACAUCAGAAUCUGGAUAAAUUAUUUAAAAUGUUAACAUGAAUAUUUAAGUAGGAACGAUUGGAAAGAAUUACUAUUUAAAUGUACUGACUUUUUCUUUUUCGUUUGUUUUUUAGAAAAAAUCGCUACAACAUAUAAGUUAUAGAAACUAAACAAUAGAUGGCGUUGCCAAACUUAAUAGAAGUUCUUUUCAUUCGUUCCAAUGAUACUUUUAAAAUUAAAUAUAAAUUGACGUAAAGCUUAUUUUUAUCAACUGACAUAAAUAGAGAUUGUCUUUUUUUACAAAUAGCAAAGACAUUUUUAUAAAUAAUGUUAAAAGAAAUGUAUCGUGUAACUUAAUUUAGUCGUGAAAAAAUAACUUUUCGAGUUGUUUUUGUACUAUUUUUAAUCAGCGACUCGACGACUUAUUUUUUAAAAAUUAAAAUAUUAUUCGACAGUUUUGUAUACAGGUCGACUUCUACUUAAUCAAGGAUUGUGAUACAAAAUAUUCCGAUUGUGUCAAAUAUUGAACAAAAUGUUAUUUUGUGAGGGUUUAAAAUUAAAUUAAAUUUUGUAUUUUCUACACUUAACUAUAUUGUACUUGUAAAUAUGUCCUAUGUAUAUGUGCUAAUUAUGGGUCAAUUCCAAUAAUUAUCGAUUAUUUUGACCCCAAUUUAUAGGAAAUAAACACUAGAUGGCGUUAGUUUUUUUCACUUAUAACGAUCUGUAAUAAAAGACUGAUUCUAUUUUGACAAAUUUCUAGAUGUAUUUUUAAUAUUUGACUUCCAGCACUGUACUUAUAGCUUAAAAAUACCAUUCAUAAUUCGAAAAUAACGCCAUCUAGUGUAUAUAGCCGAUUUAACUCAUGUUCUUCUUAAUUUGGGCUUGGGUUGCCAUGUAAUUUGUUUUAUCGGUCUUAAGGCAAAUGUGAUUGACAUACUAUUAUUAUAAAGUCAGGUUACGAAUUCACAUCAUUUUAUAUAUCAACUACAACUUUUAACUUAUUUAAAAAGAAAUAUAUAACCUAAAAACCUACUAAAUUACAUUUUUAUACUUCAAAAUAUAAAAUUUAUAAGUUUUCAUGACAAGCGACAAAAGAUUCAGGUCUAUAAUUAUAAUUUAUAUUGUCACUAGAAACAAAGCGGCAAAUUUAAAAAUGGUUCAGAGCGGCUUUUUCUAGUGACAAACUUGUUUCGACCGACUAUAUAUUCGAAAGGUGAUUUGAAUUCGUAUCCCGCCUGAACUUACCAAUAGCUAGUCUUAAAUCUCGUGGGUCCGUCCAUAGUUUUAUAUUUUUUUAUGUAUUAACUUUAAAAUAUUUUCUUACCAUUUAUUUCGUAGUACUUUUUAACUAUCUUGGAAAGGUUAGUACGUAGUAAGUCAUUUAAUGUAAUUCUAGUUAAGUUUUCGGUGCGUUACCUCCGGGUUGAAAUGUAUUGUAUUUGCGCAUUGUAAAAUGACAUGGUUUAAGAAGCCAGUUCCCCUUAUUUAAUAAAAGCGCAAUAUAUAGACGAACUGUAAAACGUGGAUGUCAACUAACAACUGUUUUCAACUCAAGUAACUGGUGUCACAUCACAUCGAACGCAAUCAUAGAAAAAAAAGCAAUAAUCGUAAAGAGCUAUUGAAAACAGUAUGUUAGAGGACAUCAGUUUGUGAAAUGAAUUAGACAAUUUCCUAACACAUCACGUUACGAAUGAUAACCAUACUUUAUCUUUAUAAAGUUAGGGUGGUAUUUGACGCAUCACGUUCCAUGUAAGGUAAAUUAGACUGACAUUGGUAAUUAUGACUUUAAUAUGACAUUUCAAUGUUGAAUCUUACAAUUUACUUCAUAUUUUUGUAAACAUCUUUUCAAAUUAUUAAUGUAUAUUGUAUUUUGGAUUCCAAUUAUGACAUGUUAUACAAUGUUUGUUAUUAUAUAUCACUUGUUGACUGGCAUGUGUUCCGCAUGACAAUAGUUAUAUUAGCCAAAUAUGUCCUAGCACUGUUAAACGGCCUUUUCGUUCGAUAUUUGAUAAAAAUACUUCUUAGAACUUUAUUAUACGUAAUUCAAAGUAACAAGUAGUUACAAUUUGGUGCCUUGACCAGGAUAUUUUUUUCUUUAAACAAUUUUUUUAUGACAACUUGGUGCUUAUUCUUAUAUGUAAUUUUGAGUCUAAAUACGUAAUUUCACGUGGCAAAAUGUAGUAGGUGAAACUACUAAAGCGCCGAUAAUCUUUGUAAUCUACAAUAUUUUUAAAUAAUACCUAGUUAGUUUAAUAUAACACAAAAUUUAAACAAAUUCACUACCUGACAAAAAAUGGAAGAUCUGGCAGAGUUCACGAAUGCCUAUCAGACGGGUUCUUGGUUGCGAAAGUUUAUAUAUUUUAUAAACGGUGCUAGGACUAUGGGUGCUAUGCUCAAACUACAGACAUAUCACAAUGUAUGCUAGUGCAGUGCUCAAGUCUGUUAGACGGAUCGAGUGUGUAAAUAAAGGUGUAUGUUAUAUGACAA